AUGGAUGAUUAUCUCGAUCCGUAUUUCACCUCCUCGUGGUCCGAUGUGAACGUUAAGGAAAGGUCAUCUUGGUUCCAUACCGAACCUGAUCAACUAAACCAGGUGUUGCCUAGUUCACUAGGAGUGUAUCAAGAUGAUGGAAACUGUUCGCCUUUAAGCAUGAUUGGUUCGAAUCAUAGCAUGGAGUGUUUAGCUACACAUGAUAAUAAUCCACCUCUAGUUCACGUUGAAGCUGGUUUGAUGUCCGGGGAAGGUGGAUUACAAACGGAUGGUGAAAAUUGCAGUGGUAACUCUUCGAAAGAGAUGCCGAAUGGAAGCUUUGGACUUAGAAAUCAGGGACUGCGAUGUAAUACAGCCGUUGAUCUUCCAGUUGGUGGUGAUAUGAUCCCAUCUCUUUCGUUUAAUGAGAGAGGGCACAUGAUUUGCAAUGGAGGUGAAUCUUCCGAGUUUAGGAGAUCAUUUACGGACUUGGAAACUCUUUCUCCAAUCCCACAAUUAUGGAAUCUACAACACUAUGACUCUGUUUAUUCUCUUCCCACUUUGAUGGGACAAACCAGAAUGCAAAGCUCUUAUCUUCAAGGAGAAAGUGGAAAUGCAGAUGAUGAAGGCAAUAUUGACAGGUUUAUUGAGAUUGAUAAGAUUCUGCAACCUGAGAAUGUAUCUGCAUCCGUCAAUGCAAAGGGACAGCAAGAUAUGCAAAACUCUCUCUACUCCUCUUUUCCUGCCGAUCACCGGAUAAUGAAGACUAUGACUGGCUUACCGUCUCCACUGCAGAGUGCAUCGCCUAACCCAAACAAUGGUUGCAAUGGAACUGUGAAGCCUCGAGUACGAGCACGUCGAGGUCAGGCUACUGAUCCACACAGCAUUGCAGAGAGGCUUCGAAGGGAGAAGAUAGCUGAUAGGAUGAAGAACCUGCAAGAGCUUGUACCUAAUUCCAAUAAGACGGACAAGGCCUCUGUACUUGAUGAAGUCAUACAGUAUGUCAAAUUUCUUCAACUCCAAGUCAAGGUAUUAAGCAUGUGCAGGUUGGGGGCAGCGGCUGCAGUUGGUCCUCUUGUCACUUAUCGCCAAGCUGAGGAAUCUAAUGGUUUAUCACUGUCCCCAUUGGCUGCUGAAGGGUUUGAUUUUUCACCAUCUCCUGAUCAAGUUGUUUUCGAACAAGAAGUGGUUAAGCUCCUGGAAUCUAAUGUAACAAAGGCCGUGCAAUAUCUACAAAGUAAAGGUCUCUGCCUUAUGCCGGUCGCACUCGCUGCCGCCUUAUCCAAUGGUAAGGCUUCGUCAUCCUCAUCAUCACCAGCUCUGGUUUCCAAGGAGAGGAAGAAAUACGACUUUUCCAAUGGCCUUGUUCACAACACCUGCAGCAGUAGCGGCAGCAACAGCAGUGGCAGCUUGCCUGGUGUUGGUAUUCAUCACGUCAACUCCGAUGGCAAUUUUAUGCCCGGAAAGCUCAGUUCUGAUAUCAUGGCCAAUGUUUGCAAUUACACCUUCAAACAAGAGGAAGUGAACACACCGUGCAUUACCAAAUGACUGAAUCCCGAAACCAUAGACGGCAAACUAGACUGCUAAUAUAUGUCAAUUAACCUAGUAGAAACCGUCGGAGGCUACUAUCGUUUGUU